CGUUCUCUAUUCAUCAUGGCUGCCUGAGACUCGGCUUUUCAUGUCAGACUGGUGGACGUGAAAAAUCGAUCGAUUUGCGUUCCAUUCCAAGUGGCUUUGUACCGGAUAUGAGCUAGAACUUAUGUCCACAGAUUUUCGCGUUAAAUAGAAACCCUUUCGUGCUAAAAUUAAUUGCAUUUUGUGCGUUGUGUUGUUGUCGACCGUUUGGUCCAUUUUGAUUGUGCAUUGAUGUUUGUUGUAUACUGUUCUUCCCCGGCGACGACAACCACGAUUGUGACCUGCAGCACUACGGCGACCGGAACAGCAUACCCAACUACGCAGACUGGUUAUGCAGUAGCGACUGCCGCCGCACCGGCAGCAGCAGCCACUUACGGAACAGCAGCAGCGGCUCGACCAACCGGAUACGAUCAGGCCUAUCAAGCGGCUGCAACCCCCGGAACCUACGCCACGACUGCAACUGCAGCAACUUACGAUUACGGUUACGGUCGAUCCACUCAAACUUACGAUACCAGUAAGACGUACUACCAGCAGGCGGGAGCAGCAGCCACAGCUUACACAGCGGCUCCGACGGCAUACGACGCUUCUGGGUCUGGUACUAAAUUGAUUAACUUCCAAGCGGCCACACAGGCAACUUACGCUGCCCAGCCUACACGUACAACCAUUCAGACGGCCAAACCUGCCCCCCAGUACACCGGACAGCCACAGUCGUACGUAUCGCAACCCGCGGGAUACUCACACGCUGUGAACACGGUAAAUAGCGCACCAAAACCGGCGGCUACUGCACAAACUAUUGCUCAGAGCGCUAAUUCGUACUCCGGAUACGAGUCAGCAUUGUAUAGUGCCGCAACGAUGUAUGUCGCUCAGCAGCAGAACAAUAAAGCAGGUGCCGGGAUAGCUGGCCAUCAAGGAUCCGGUGGAGGAAAUUGGCAUGGCAGCUAUCGCAAGAGUGGACAAAUGGGAAUGUUUAAGCAACGACCAAAACCACCGGCCAAGCCACAGCCCAUUCAUUACUGUGACGUGUGUAAGAUAAGCUGUGCCGGUCCUCAAACUUAUCGAGAGCAUUUGGAGGGGCAAAAGCACAAGAAGCGUGAACUUUUGCUGAAACAAUCUACCGAGCCGGGGACCCCUGCGCCAGCUAGGCCACCGAACAGUCUUCAUUGCGAUCUGUGUGAUGUCACGUGCACAGGAAAUGAUGCCUAUGCAGCUCAUGUACGUGGUGCCAAACAUCAGAAAGUUGUCAAACUACACACUAAACUUGGAAAACCGAUUCCGGCUUGUGAUCCGGCUCCAAAUUCCGACGAGAAAAAAGACGGAGAUGGUGAUGAACAUGACGAAAAUGUAAAACCGGUCGGAAGCGAAUAUAUUGAAGAAAUUCAGGACGAUGAAGGCAAGCUAGUUAGUUUUAAUUGCAAGCUUUGUGAAUGCAAGUUCAACGAUCCGAACGCCAAAGAAAUGCACAUGAAAGGACGUCGUCAUCGCUUGCAAUACAAAAAGAAAGUUCAACCGGAUUUGAUAGUAGAUGCCAAGCCAACAGUUAAACAACGGAAGUUGGCUGAAGCUCGUGCUCACCGUCAAGCAAUGCAAGAAGAGUACUGGAACAGACGACGUAUGGCUGAAGCUGAUAUGGAUGACGGUGAUCAUGGUAUGCGUCAGUUUGGUCGUCAUCCAUUUUUCGGAAUGCUACCAGGAAGACGUCCGGAAUCGUCUGAUGAUCGUCACGUGGUAGCUAGACAUGCCGAAAUUUACCCCAAGGAAGAAGAGUUGCAAACGAUUCAACGUAUAGUUUCCCACACUGAAAGAGCUCUAAAGAUGGUGUCUGAUGCCAUGACCAUCGGGAGCAACAAUGAUAAAAAGGAUGGUGAAGGUGACAAGAAGGAUGGCAAAGGUGAUGAUCCGAACAAGUCCGGUGACAGUCAAAUGAUAUCGUUCCACAAGGAAACUGAGGGUGGCAAUGUUCGGCUUCUAAAAGGAGUUAUGCGCGUUGGAUUGUUGGCUAAGGGUCUUCUUCUGAAUGGCGACAACACUGUGCAACUGGUAGUUUUAUGUGCUGAAAAACCGACAACAUCACUACUGAAACGUGUCACCCUUGAGUUACCAAUCCAGCUGAAGAAGGUUGCCGAAGAUCAAAAAUAUAUCGUCACCAUGGCUCCGGUCGAGGGCGCUGUAAUGGUUACGGAUGAAACAGUUACCGUUAAAAUCUCUUUAACUUGUCCGUUACUUCGCGAAGAAGCUGCAAACGAGCAGGUCGGUGCGAGCUCGGAAGACUUACUGCCACGCGAGCCCUGUCUCCAGGCCCUAGCCGCCCUGCGACACGCCAAAUGGUUCCAGGCUAGAGCUACUGGAUUGCAAUCAUGCGUUAUGAUAAUGAGAAUUAUGCGUGAUCUCUGUCACAGAAUUCCGAUUUGGGGACACAUCUCUCAAUGGGCUAUGGAAUUACUGAUCGAGAAGGUAAUUUCAUCGGCCAACUGUCCACUAACUCCUGGGGAAUGCAUGCGUCGCGUAAUGGAAGCGAUUGCAUCGUCGAUACUGAUCAACGGACCAGGACUGCUCGAUCCGUGCGAGAAGGAAUCCGAAGAUGCGCUGGCAAAUCUCAGCAAGCAGCAACGGGAAGAUAUCACCGUGUCCGCCCAGAUGUUCCUACGUUUCAUCGCCUUCCGACAGGUCUACAAGGUGCUCGGUAUGGAGCCACUGCCGCCGCCCAAGUUCAUCAGCAACCGCAACUGGCGCUUCAAUCGCAAGCGUAGGCGAUCAGGCACUGAGGGUGCUGACAAUGAAGCCGAUGGAAAAAUGGUUAAAAAGGAGGAAAACAAAGCUGAAAAUGCCGCGGCCGACAUGGAAACUGGCAACGGUGGUAACUAAGAAUGGAUCCUAAAAAUUCUUAUUUGUUGAGUAGAUAAGGUAGAUAAGACUUUUGCUAGAAUUUUAAAACCCAGUUGAAGCACUUUUGUACGAGACUACAAAAGUUCAUGGAAUGAAGCUGCUAUGAUUAAUUAUCUCCUACAAUAAUCAAUGAAACAUUUGUAUUUCGCAACCAUUGUCAGACAAAAUACCUUUCAAUAAGUGACUCACAAGAAAAGCAAAUAAAUAAAACUGUCACAUAUUAGCUAAAAGAAAGCUAAUAGGGCCUAUAAACGAUCGAAUUGUUUGAAAAACAUUAAUCCAAUUUAAGUUCUUAAAAUGUAUUUGUAUAACAUCCAUUAAAUACUGAUACAGUUUAGUUAAUGUUUCUUGAGUAUGUGAAAAAACAACAAGAUUUUAAUUGCUGAGCUAUUUUGGCUCCCUUAAAAAAUCGCGAAACAUAAACUUGAACGGAAAAGUUAUCCUUUCAGAUCUGUGUGUUUUAUUUAGAAAUCUAUAACUUUUAGGAAACUAUUCAGGUCGAGUGAAACACUAGCAGGCAAUCCGUUAUAGCAUGUCAAUUGAAGGUAUUCUGGAAGAUUCCUAUUAUUUCUAAAUGAAAAAACAGUUUCCUCAAAUCUCUUGAGAAAAACUCAAAAGUAUAUUACCAUCUAUUCAAUUCUCUUAUUAUUCGAAAAAAAAAACCUAAAAUCAUAACCAAAAAAUAAUACAUUAGCCCGAAAAAGUGGCAACAUCUCUGAGUGUUUUAAACAAUGGUUUUUCGUUUUGCUCGAAUACACUCUUUAAAGGAAGAUUUGAGCAAACAGAAGCGUGUCCAAAUCUUUGAUUAUAUGUGCAUUACGAGAACUUGAAAAAAAUGUAUCCUAUGAUAGUAUAAUCAACUAAGAAAAUCAACAUCGCACUACACAUUGACAGUUUUAUGCACUAGGACGAUACAAUAAAUAAUCCAAACUCUUAUCUCUGACAGUCGAUCACAAAACAAAAGCUAAUUUUUUAAUGUCGUCAUGAAAAAAGUUACACAAUUGUGCUAUGCAAUGAAACAAUUGCAAAAAUAGUCAGUGAAUCAUUACUAUUCUAGCAGGUACGGAAUACAAACAGUAAAGUAUUUUCUUCUUGAGAAAA